CAACUGGAACACAACAUGAUUUGGGUCUAAGUGUUGUUUCCACUCAUGUUAAAACUACUACCGAAUCUAAUCUGAAGAUACCCCCCUGCAGCAGGCUGCAAUUUUAUGCUCUUCUGGGGAAGCUAAUUCACUGAAUAACUGCUAGAAUUUGAUCUACAAACUGAUUUGUCACGACUGGUUGGAAGAAAACAAGCAGGUGAGAUAUGAAAGCCUUGGGUCUAGGUUUUCUUUGUUUACUUGUCUGGCCUGAGCUUGUAGAGGCUCAGUUCCCUCGAGUGUGCUGCACAGUGGAGGGGAUUCUGUCCAAGCAGUGCUGCCCCGCUCUGGGUUCAGAUCCUGCCAAUGUGUGUGGCUCUCUGUCGGGAAGAGGGAACUGCUCUGCAGUUCGAGUUGACAGCAAACCCUGGGGAGGACCAUACAGACUGAGAAAUGUUGAUGACAGAGAGCGGUGGCCCACCAAAUUCUUCAAUCAGACUUGCAGAUGUACAGGUAACUUUGCAGGUUAUAACUGUGGCCAGUGUAAAUUUGGCUGGACUGGACCAAACUGUGACCAGAGGAAAGCUCCUGUGGUGAGAAAGAACAUCCACUCGCUCACACCUGUGGAGCUCCAGGAGUUUCUGAACGCACUGGAACAGGCGAAGACCACCAUCCACCCGGACUAUGUUAUUGCGACCCAGCACUGGCUCGGUCUCCUAGGACCAAAUGGAACUGAGCCACAGGUUGCCAAUAUCUCCAUAUACGACUUCUUUGUGUGGCAACACUACUACUCAGUGCGAGACACUCUUCUUGGUCCAGGUCGUCCAUUCAAAGCCAUUGAUUUCUCACACAAAGGUCCAGCAUUCAUCACCUGGCACAGGUAUCACCUUUUGAGUUUGGAGAGAGAGCUACAGAGACUGACUGGCAAUGAGAACUUUGCAAUCCCUUACUGGAAUUUUGCCACAGGACAGAGUGAUUGUGACGUGUGUACAGACUCUCUGCUUGGGGCGCGACACCCAGACAACCCCUCACUCAUCAGUGACCGGUCCAGAUUCUCUAGAUGGGGAGUGGUGUGUAACAGUUUGGACGACUACAAUCGGCUGGUGACUCUUUGUAAUGGUAGCAGUGAGGGUUUAAUUCAGAGAGGGAUUAUGGAGCAGGGGAACAUGUCUUUGCCCACGAUGAAUGACGUCAGAAGCUGCCUUGGAAUCAGGGACUUUGACAGCCCUCCGUAUUUCACCAACUCCUCCUUCAGUUUUAGAAAUGCUCUGGAAGGUUACGACAAACCAGAUGGGGAACUGGAUGAAUCAGUCAACAACCUUCACAACCUCGUCCACUCCUUUCUCAAUGGAACCAGUGCUUUGUCACAUUCAGCAGCCAAUGACCCCAUAUUUGUGGUUCUCCACGCUUUUACUGAUGCCAUUUUUGAUGAGUGGAUGCGGAGGAUUUCGCCGUCCAAUGCCACUUUCCCAGAUGAGAUGGCCCCCAUCGGUCACAACAGAGACUACAACAUGGUUCCCUUUUUCCCUCCCAUCACCAACGAGGAGAUCUAUGUUGGAUCUGAGCAGCUGGGAUAUUCAUAUUCCAUCGAGAUAGAUGAUUCUGAAGGAGGGGCAAACGUGUUUAUGCUGGGCUCCACUCUUGGAGGAAUCUUCAUCGGUCUCCUGGUGCUUCUGCUCAUCUUUGUGCUCUACCUGCGUCAACGAAGAAACCGUGGAUUUGAGCCCCUGAUCAAAGCAGACUUCACAAAUAGGAAGUACACAGACGAAGCCUAGAUUUUGCCUGUUGUUCUGUACCUAGGAGAGAUGGAUUACAGUGUUCUGUAAGCCCAAGUCUAAAGGAAGAAAUGUAUACAGUAUGAAUGAGUGACACUUGUAUUUUUAGAUUCCUUAAAUAAGUUAUGUUGGUUGUACUAUUCACUGAAAACUAUUUCAAAUUCAACAAAUCAGGGGAAAAAAAGGAAAAAAAAAUCCUUACCUGUACAAUCUUUGUACCCAUCUUAGCAAAAUGUCACACUUGCAAAUCUAUUGGAAUGUUUUUAAUAAAUAUUUAUUCUCAAGAACAGUAACAAAACACAUAUGCAUUCUUUUUAAUUGCACUGAAAAACAGUAAGGCAUAUUUGUUUGUCAGGUUUUUGUUACUCUUGGUUUGAAAUUAUUUCCAAACCCUGAACUAACUUCAUUUUAUUAGUUCAUACUGCAAUGCACCCAUAGGAAAGAAAAAGGCUGACUUAAAAGUGUUUCCUGCUUCUUCCAUUUUUCACAUGAUUUGUCUGACCAGACAACCGUUUUCAAUGUUUUUAUUGCAAAAAUAUUACCAUUAAAAGUUCGAUGAUACAAAACAUAAAAAGGGCAUCCGGUAAGUUAAAAAUUCAUACCAAAGAAUUCUUUCAAAUUACACAUUUCACAUAUCCCUCCAUAUUUAUUUCCUUUUUGUUGUUGCAACGUGGACGUGAAUGCUGACUUGAAGAUAACAAAAAAAAAAGCUCAACAAAUAUUCAUUCAUAUAAUGCAAAGUGUAUAAUGCGGACUGUAUGUAGGCAGGAUAUGUAAGCUUAGUGGGCCAAGUGGUUACGGAGCUGACGGCUCUCGGAGAACAGUGGACGUACAUACAGGUCGAUUCUGUCCGUCCCCCCCUCAGCAGUGCCAGGCCUCUCACAUUCUCUGUAAGUAUGCUCUGCUGAGGAGCUUCACUGAAGCAUUCAGCCCUGUCCAGUCUCCACAUAUUCUCAUUUCACAGGUGACUGUGGUCGGCUUCAAGCCUGUCUGUGCUGCCGACAUAACCAUUCAAGCUUUGAAGAUAAAUUUAGGGAGCCUUUCUUUGCAUUUCUAGUGUCCACUGUGUGCUGUUUGCUACUUCUUCUCUUAAUAAUUCCCUCACCUUUUGCAUAAAUGUGGUAACAAUCUUUUUCUUAUUUGUAAUUUAAAUGUUUUUUUUUUAACUAUUUGACAGCACACAGUAAUUGUGUAUUGUGCUGUUAUGAUGCACUAUUUUACCCAAUCUGGUGCAGUACCUAGAAAAUAGAAUAAGCGUUGGGUUUUAAAUCACAUAAGCAAAAGUGGCUAAAAACUCUUUUUGUGCCCCCUGUAUGUGUAAUUCCAGUAUUUAUGAAAUUAAAUGACUGCAGAGAUGAAAGCUGCACAAGACCACA